AUGAAAGAGACAAUUGCUGGUGACUGCAAUGGAAGACAAUGUGGCUGUUACAACGAUUAUUGCUGGUCUUACGUCAAAGAAAGACGAAACAAUGAUGGCAUAUCAUGGUGUUAUACUCAAAAUAUAGACAGUACCAGUGCACAGCAUGAAUGGCAAAGAUGUAGAAAUGAUCAUGAUUGUGAUACGAAUCGACCAUGUGUCAACUUUGUUCGUCCAAAGACCAGCGAGAAGAAAAGUCAAAAUGAUAUUCAUGGUUGGGGUUUUGGGGAUUUAUUCGAAUGGUGGUGA